UACCACAGCAACGACAUAACACGUCUAUAUUUCAAACGCUCAAUAGCGGCGGGCAGAGGAGGAACGCUACAUGACCGAGCGGAUCAAGCUACAAUCCAAGCAGCUGGAUAUUCAACUGGCAGCAGAGAGGCUUCGAGGAUCACCCCCAGCCCGUACAUAUCCUUCUCACUCCACAGAGGCACCUUCGGGGCCCUACGCUUCCUCGAGCUUGUACUAUGGCAGCAGUAGCAGCAACAGCUACUCUCACUACUCCUCAGCAGAUGCGUCCCGCUCGCACCCAAGCAGCAGCAAACACUCGCAUCUUGAUCAUAUCGCCCAUACACCACAAGAACCACAGGACCCUUCGCAGUCAACACACCAGGGUCCGCUGUAUUCUCAUCAUGAUAAGCAUGCGAUGCAGCCCAGUCCUCAGAGUCGACCUCCGUUUCUGAAGAUCAACACGGCGGUGCGCCAGUAUCAUCCUCAGCCACCAUCGACCCAGCGUAUGCCCCCGUCACCCCACUCUACCCUGCCACCGCUUCCCUCGACCAAUCCUCCAAAGACUUCGAAUCGUCACUACGGCCUUCCUCCGUUGAGCUCUUCGGCGCAAUCUUCGCCAGCUGCUGUAGUCGACUAUCAGUCUCAUAUACCUCCUCCUUUGACGCCCAAGGACGACCAUGUCUCGCCGACUUCAGCUCUCUCGCCCACACAUAUGAAACGCAAAUCUUUGAACCAUGAUGCUGUAAUGGAUGCUGUGCGUGCAAAGGUCUUCCGAAAUGCGGCUGGUCAGCAGCAUCAGCAACAAACCAAGAAGACGGCUAUAGAAUCGGAGCAUGAUCUGUCUAGCCGACGAAAGAUCUAUCAAGAGAAACCGUCGCCAGAGGUGCAAAAAAAGCAGCCAGAGUUAGUCAGUUCAGAGUCAAGACAGGAUGAGUACCCAGAGGUCAAACUAGAGGUCAAGGAGGGACCGUUGCUCUCAUCACUACCUGUAUCGAUCUCCUCACCGGCGUCGCCUUCGUCAAAGAACACAGAGAAUGGGGAAACGAGUAGCCGCUCCAGGUCAUCAUCACCACCUCCAUCCUCUUCCACCUCUAGCAAGAGCCGUCGCCCAAUGGGUAUCUCGCAACAGUUAGAGCUGGCGUCCGUUUCAGAGGCGAUGGAAGAUGUCAACGUGUCAAAUUCUGAGACAGAUGGCCGACGACCAGACCGGACAGCCGAAAACGGAGUUUCCGCUCACUAAGGCUUCAUAUUGAGAUCUAGCGACAACGGCGUUCUGCCCCACCUUCUUGUCUUUCUUGCUUGCUUGAAGAUCAAGAGGACCCACCAAGUAGGCUUUGAGCGCUCUUCUACAUGCGUUUUCGGCUGAAUAUUGUUACAAGCAAAAUAAAACUAUUUUUGAGCAUUGGAUACAUUCUG